AUGACGAUUUGCGCGAUUUGCCAUGUUGACGAAUUGUUAGCGAAAAGACCCAGCGACGUGAACUCGGCUGCAGCACAAUAUAACGUUAACCAACACUGCGGCCCGCUUUGCAACAGUGCUCUAAAAUCAGCUGUCGGCCGAGCGAUAAAAAAAAGGGCCGAAACCGAAAACUGGCCCGCUUGUCACAAACAAGCGGAACUGAUAGCAGUUGCCAUUGGACUAGAGCCGAGGUUGGAAGCGGGUGAAGUUAGUCUGGAGUCUCUUAUUAGCAACGCUGGCAAUUUAGUAAAGAUCUCAAAAAUGUCAACUAAUUGGCGUGAAUUGUUCCCUACUAAGCUCACAUUUGUGAUCUUCUUACUGUAUAUGUCCCUAUUUAUAGGACAGGGCAUCUUUGUCACAGCUUCCCAGGAAUCUAAUAACUCAUAUGGUUACAAUACCGUCACGGUUGUGCUGCUCACCGAGGUCUUUAAGUUGAUUGUUUCCACGUGUCUGUACUGCCGAGACCACGAUCUUCGCUCUCUAGUUCGGGAUGUCCACAAGGAUCGCAAUGUGCUGGCUUUGUACAUGGUGCCCGCCUUUCUCUACUGCCUGUACAACAAUUUAGCCUUUGUCAACUUGGCCACAUUCGAUCCCACGACUUACUAUCUGUUGCUGCAACUACGUGUCGUUGUCACGGGCAUACUGUUCCAAAUUAUCUUUAAGAAGUACCUAUCGCAAAGGCAGUGGAUCUCCCUCAUACUCCUGACACUCGGAUGCAUGAUGAAACAGAUUGAUUUUGGCAGUUUCUACAGCGAUACUAAUGAUGAUAGCGAAUUGGCUGCAAUACAACAGAAUUCACUUAACCGAACCGCGGCUGAUACGCCACACGGCAAGAACAUGUCCGGCUUUGAUUUUAGCCUGAGUGCCGUCUUCAUUCUGGCGCAGACCAUUUGCUCUUGUAUGGCUGGCGUCUACAACGAGUAUUUGUUGAAGGACAAGGGUGCCGAUGUGAAUAUCUUCGUGCAGAAUGUCUUUAUGUACCUGGACUCGAUUGUUUGCAAUGCUGUCAUUCUGCUGCUGCGUGGCGAACUGCUGGACGCCUUUAGUUCGCAAAAUUUAAGCAGCAUCAUGCGUUUUAGUGUCCUGAUCAUCAUUGUGAACAAUGCGGCAAUUGGCAUUGUCACGAGUUUCUUUCUUAAGUACAUGAACUCCAUACUAAAGACCUUCGCCAGCGCUUUGGAGCUGCUCUUCACGGCGGUUUUGUGCUAUUUCCUGUUCUCCAUACCCAUAUACAUGAACACCGCGCUGGCCAUCGCGGUUGUCUCCUAUGCCAUCUAUCUCUACACCCAGAGUCCAGUUGUUAAUCUCGGCAAGGUGCGUCCGCUGGCCAACCUAAGCGAUGCCACCGUUAAAUCUACGGACAAACAAAAACUGCUGGACGAGGAGGCGCCAGAAUCUGACCAGGACAUAGUAUAAUGCUAUCCUAGCUAGUCUUAGACUCAAUCUGUAAGGCUGUAAAUAGUUGUGGAAAAGUGCCUGCAAAUGUUUUGAACGCCAGGCGAAUGUGUUUGACCCCAGGCUUUGUGCAAUGCGCGAGCAACAGGCUUGUAAAUACCAAAACUUUUGCUUUUCUAGUUUAAGAUUCUCAGCGUAAAUAUGUUUUAAUCAUAACAUGAUUGCAAUCAAACGAAAAA